AUGGGUCAAUUAUUAUCACAUCCAAUUGAAGAGAAAGAAUUGGAUUAUAAAUCCUAUACCAAUUUGACGUACUGUAUAGGGUCCAUGCAAGGUUAUCGAAUGACUAUGGAAGAUGCUCAUGAUGUCAAAAUAAACGAACAUGAAAAUUUGGCUGUAUUUGGUGUUUUUGAUGGUCAUGGUGGUAAGAAUUGCUCCAAAUAUUUAGCUGAGCAUUUACCUAAACUUGUAUUCAUGAAGUUGAAUAAACUUGCUAGUGCAGUCUUUUUGAAACAAAUCAAAGAUAUAGAUCUUAAGAAUGUAUUUGAUAUUUUAAAGGACUCAUUUUUUAAGAUCGAUAAGGAUUUAUCUCACCAUGCAAACAUGGUCAAUUGUGGGUCUACAGCCACUGUAGUGGCAAUGAUUUCAAAUUAUAUUGUUGUUGCCAACACCGGUGAUUCACGUUGUAUUAUUUCAAAGAAUGGAUAUGCCAAACCUAUGUCAUUUGAUCACAAACCUAGUAAUAUGGGGGAAAGAGUCAGAAUAGAGAAUAGUAAUGGAUAUAUACUAAAUAAUAGAAUUAAUGAAGUUCUAGCAUUGUCAAGAGCAUUUGGUGAUUUCAAGUUCAAACUACCAUAUUUGUCAAGUUCAAGAAAUAAAUAUAUUAAAGAAAAUCAAAAGCUAUUGGGUGAUAAGCUAAUCACAUUACCACCGGAAUUGUUCCAAGUGACAGUUGAACCAGAUAUAAUGCUAUAUGAUAUGGAAAAGUUAGAUUCGCCUGAAUUUUUAGUAAUAGCUUGUGAUGGGGUGUGGGAUUGUUUCAAAAAUGACCAAUUAGUUAAAUUAAUCAGAGAUAAAUUGAGUUUAGGAUGGAAAUUGAAUAAAAUUGUCGAGUACAUACUAAAUGACAGUUUAACCAUGGCAAACAACUAUACAGGAAUUGGGUUUGACAAUAUGACAUUGAUUAUAGUUGCCAUACAUAAUAAAGAGGGCGAGACCAUGGAUGACUGGUAUGAAUCAAUGAAGGAAAAAAUAUUGAAGGAAAAGGGUAUUAUGAGGUGA